UCACACUGAUACCGGGGUUGAUGAUGAACAUGGAGAUAUGAUACUUCAAAGACAAAAGGUAGAAGUAAGUACAUCUUCUCCAUCACCUGAUCUGUCAACGAGUAUGAAGACAAAGUUUAGGGAGGGCCAGUGCCCCAGCAAUAUAGAGUGUUCAAGACUUGGAGAUCCUUGUAUCAGUUGUAUUUUCAAUGAAACAUGCAUUUAUGGAGCUCCAAUCAAGGGAAUUUGUAAAGCUCACGUCCCUGAUUGCACAGGGUCAAAGGAAUUUGAAAAAGAAAUAAUUUGUCGCUACUGCUAUCAGACAGAUCACUGGGAACACUCCUGUGUGUUAAAAGGAGGAUGUAGUUCAGUCUCUUCCCCUAAAAGCUAUUACAGAACAAACUGCACUGUGAAACCAGACAUACAAUGUCUGGGUCGAAGGACGUUCUUCAAGAACCUUCCAUGCAACUGGACCGGGGGCUACCGAUGGUCUACUGCACUGAUAUUAAGUGUCACUCUGGGUGGCUUUGGAGCAGACAGGUUUUAUCUUGGACAUUGGCAAGAAGGCAUUGGGAAGCUAUUUAGUUUCGGUGGUCUUGGAGUAUGGACACUCAUUGAUGUUGUACUUAUUGCCAUUCAUUAUUUAGGACCGGCAGAUGGCUCACUGUAUAUUUAAUUAUUUAUUUUUUAGUAUAAUAAAUGUUUUUAUGUUAUCAAUAACUUA